AUUUUGUCAUUAAUAGAAUAUGAAAGUACGAGUUAUGUCCCCUUCUAUGAUUGCAACAGAUUGCUUGGCCCAAACAGCAAGUAAGGAAUAGAUUUCUGCCGUUUUUGAUGUCCUGACAAAGUGACCUUACAGCUUGACCAUGCCAUCUGAACAAGGUCUGAUCACACUGGAAGAUGUCCGAAAGGCUAGAGAGGUGUUGGCCAAUAGCUCGCUUGGUGUAUGCAAAACACCAUUGAUAAAGAAUACAAACAUGUUCCCAGGCCUAGAGAAUGCUGAAGUGUACCUCAAACUGGAAAACAUGCAGACAACUGGUUCUUUUAAGAUCCGUGGUGUAGCUAGUCAGAUGGCAAUUAUACCAGAUGAUGUUAAGAGGAGAGAGAAAAAACUAAUCACAAUAUCUGCAGGGAAUUAUGGGAAGGCAUUUGCUUAUGCCCUAAAUAAGUUGAAUCUUUCUGGACUCUGUUUGAUGCCUUUAACAGCACCUUCAAGUCGAGUCCAGCUUAUCAAGAGUUUUGGAGUUGAGGUGAAACAGAUCCCAUCAAGUGAUUUAUUGUCAACAGUGGAUAAAUAUGUAGCAGAAAAAGACUUUACUUUCCUGCAUUCCUUUGAUGAAAUCAACCUUAUUGCUGGUUAUGGCAGUGCAUCCCUGGAGAUCCUUGAGGACGGUGUUAAACCUGAUGUUGUGAUUGUGUGCUGUGGAGGAGGAGGGCUUGUGUCUGGUGUCGCUGCAACUUUUAAACUGUCUGGUCUUACUGACUGUAGAGUGUACGCUGUAGAGCCAGAGGGAUCUCCUACCAUGUAUGAAAGUUAUAAGAAAGGGGAGGCAGUCACCAUACCUACAGUGAAUUCUGUAGCAGGAGGCCUUUCACCACCCUUUGCAGGCAAAUUAACCUACCAACAUUGUAGGAAAUUUGUAGAGGAUGUGGUCUUAGUAACAGACAAGGAACUAAUUGAUACCAUGGCAAUGUUCUACAAACGAGGCUUGGUCGUAGAACCCUCCGGGUGUGCUGCUAUGGCUGCCUUGAUUAACGGACGCAUUCCUGAUGUAACAGGAAAAAAAGUGGUGGUGUUUGUGACAGGAGGGAAUAUCACAUCGGAAGAAAUGACAGUUCAUCUGAAGUGAAAAAGUUUGAAGCUCGGAGAGGCAUUUAAAAGUUAAUGAAGCAAUGUAAUUUGACUGUGAUUAUCCAAUGGGAUUUGGUUUGUAAUCGUUAGUUUUCUGGAGGUUUGGAUUGUCCACCAGUGACUAGUUUUACUCUGUUACCACAGGAGUAAUGCUGCAUUUGUGCAAAGUGAUUUAUACAGUAUAUAUGUAUGGUCAUUGUGAACUGGUGCCCGUCAAAUCUCCAAAAAUAAAAUAUUUGAUUUGACCACAAUUUAAGUAAAUAAUUUGACAUGAUUAAGUUUCCAACCGAACAGAUUAUAACCUAGAGAUCUAGGAGUGUAAAAUUUUACGAUAUCAGAAUGUCAUCGGCUUUUGCAAAUCUUCAGAAAUCCAUGAAUUUGUAAAUUAUGCUACAUUUUGAACAUCUAACCUUGAUUAACAAUUUAAUUUGCGGUAUAAUCAUACUUAAAUCACAAUUAUUUAUCAAUUUAAAUGCAAAUAACAAUAAUUUUCACAAUUUGUUGCACUUUUUAGCAACAAAUCUGCUUUUGGAAGGCAUAUCCAUAACAAUGAAGCUUGUCGAUACUGAAUGUUUUUUUUACUACUUUUAGGCAUUUUCUUAAGUUUCAUCUAACAUUGUGGUGUACAUCAGUUUACCAAGUUGAGUUAAGCUCAAAAUGACAUGCUGUUUACAUUGUUCAGGUAUGUUGAAGACUAUACAGUUGUUGAUAAUUAUAAUAAUUAUAAUAAUAAAGCUCUAUGAUA